ACAUAUAUAAACCAAAACCCACCUCAUUAGUCUACCAAACACAUCAAUUUUAGCACCUCCAUCAGAAAUUAUUAUCAUCUCUCAACAAAAGAAAUCCCUUUUUUGCUGUUGUUUUUGAAUCAAAGAAGAAGAAAGUUAUUGAAAAAUGAGUGCAGCUUGCAGAGCUUGGAUUGUGGCGACGAGUAUUGGAGCUGUUGAGGCAUUGAAAGACCAAGGAGUAUGCAGGUGGAACCAUGCAUUGAGAUCUUUGCAACAACAUGUUCAUAACAAUGUUAGGUCCUAUUCUCAAGCCAAGAGGCUCUCUUCUAAUUCUGUCUCUCUGGUUUCAAACCAAAUCAAACGCUCAAGAGAGGAGAAGAUAACCAAAGUCAUGGAGUUAAGCUCAUGGGGUCCUAGCACUAUAAGGUUUUAAUAUUAGUUUGUUAUCAUUUCAUUAUUAGUAGUAUUAGACCCUUAUUUUUAUGCAGCUUUCCUUGAGAUAAUGCAAGAUCUAAUUAGUGCGAUCUGGUGUAACAUUUUGUUUAUUUUUAUAUAUACGAUUGAGAGAUAAUUUGAUUCUGA